UUUUUGGAGAACAGGUGGUGUCUGGUUACAUGAAUACGUUCUUUAGUGGUGAUUUCUGAGAUUAUGGAGCACCCAUCACCCGAGCAGUAUACACUCUACCCAACGUAUAGUCUUUUAUUCCUCACUCCCCUCUCACGUUCUCCCCGGAGUCCCCAAAGUCCACUCUAUCAUUACUAUGUCUUUGCAUCCUUACAACAUAGCUCCCACUUAUGAGAACAUACAAUGUUUGGUUUUCCAUUUCUGAGUUACUUCACUUAGAACAAUGGCCUCCAAUUCCAUCCAGGUUGCUGCAACUGCCAUUAUUUCAUUCCUUUUUAUGAGGAUGCCAUUAUUUUGGACCAAACUCCUGCACUAAGCCCCAGCAGACUAGACUAAAAACCAACGUGGAGUUACCCAUGCUCACAAAACUGAAACUGAGUUGUUAUGUGGCCUUCUGAGAAAUCAGGAGAGAGAUAACAGCCUAAUUUCCCAAACAGGCCAGUUUAAACCUUCAAUCCCCAUGAUAAUGAAGUUCCCUGUUUUAAGUCGUUUUUGUUUGUUUUUGAGACAAGGUCUUGAUCUGUUGCUCAGGCUGGACUGCAGUGGCAGGAUCAUGGCUCAUUGCAGCCUUGAACUCCUGGACUGAAGGAAUCCUCUUGCCUCAGCCUCCUCAGUAGCUGGGACUACAGGUACACACCACCACACCUGGCUGCUGUUGUUCUUACAAUAUUAAUCUGGAGUAACCUGGUAUUAACCAAUCAGUUUUCUUUCUAUUAUUCUGUCUCACUGCCCCACCUUACAAGGAAAGUAACUUUGAAAAGACCAACUUGUUUUUUGUUGUUUCUUCUUUCUUCAGCCCAUUUUCUGUCUAUAAAGCCAACCACAUCUGCUCCAUUCAUGGGAACACCUAUUCUGUUUUACUGAAUGAAGUGGUGCCUGAAUCUAGAAUUGCAAUAAAGCCAACCGAGAUCUUUAAAUUUGUUGUAAUUUCGCCUGACACUGUAGCAUGCUUUGCUAACCUUUAGGGACAUUUGAAAAACGAUGUCUUAAGAAUGUUCCAAGAUUUUGGAAUUUUUAAACUUUCCAUGUUUGCUGUUUUGACUAUUUUCUGUCUUUUCCUGUAAAGUUUAUUUUCAGGGCCAGCAGAAAAGGGAAAGCUGGGUAGAUGAUCCCAGGCCCAUUUGGGAGAAGGAUAGGUCAUGGUUACCUCCAAGUACACCAGAUCACUCCAAGUAGGAGUGAUCCAGGUGGUCUUUGGGGAAGAUUAAUUUGGGGGCAGUAAUCAAUAUGGAGACUACAGUAAUGAUAAACACUUGAGAAAAACUGGGGAAAGCCAGAUGAGAGAGAAGAAACUGAAUUCAAAUAGGAAGACGAAUUAGCAAGAUUCAGUGAUUGAACAGGGUGUCUGUUAUGGAUCCUAACAGGCAAGAUUUCAAGUCUUGGUCACUCACAAGCUGCACUAGUAAUGCCAUUGCUCUUGAGAAGACAAUCAGUUUAGGAAACUUUCCUUACAGAUCAGAAUACAACCUUUAGCAAGUAUUUACGCAAGCAGUAUCUUGGCAAGUGUUCUUCUUGUAAAUUGCUUAUACUUCUCGUUGUCAAACUUUAAAAAAUGCUAUUACAGGUUAAUAUGCAGAUGGCAGAGUUAGGAAUUAGAGUGUGCAAGUUAAUCAUUCUAAUUGGGUCACUCUUGUCAUAGCCAACUAAAAGAAUGGAGAAGCCAGUGCUGGGGGAAGCCCUCAGGGCACAUAACAUUGCUCUAAGAAUGGAAUUCUCAGCAAGCCUGGCUGCUGAAACCGCCUGCUGUAACCUGAAACAGGUUUUAUCUUCAGGUUUUAGCUUCUCAAAGAACCUGCUGCAGCUGUAGGGGAAGCUUUACGAAGCCCCUUCCCUCACCAAUCAGAACUAACCAGCUACCCAAAACUUUACUAAAUGUCAAAGAACUUUCUAGAAAAACAAUAGAUAACUUUAAAAAAAAAAUAAAACCCCCUAACUCCUCUUUGUUCUUCUGACAUACUGAAGACCACCCUGUAUGUGUAAAUAACCUGAACUUGCAAUUCCUGUGUCCCAAAUAAAACGCUAAAUGUACAGAUUCGUCUCUUCGUAUUUGACUUCGACAGGGGACGCAAGCAAAACCACACAUUUAAAACAGACUUGGUAAAAUCAGCUCGUUAUUUAAAGAAACGGACGAUUCCUUUUUCUCUUCUGGUUUAGUCUUCGACCCGCAGGCCCCUUGCUUCUUUCGAACGGCGGCUGUAUCCCAUGACCUUUUCACUUUCCAAGCCAACGGACUGGGGGUCGUUACACACGCGGAGGGCCCGGAACGCACGGCUCCUCGCCUGCAAAUUCCGAGCAGUCCGGAUUUUGGGGCUGCCUCCCGGCCACACCAGCCAGCAGCUCGCACCCACAUGGGGGCAGGGCCCUGGCCCUCGCCCCCGACCGGCGCAUGGCGGGGCGCGUGGGUCUUCGAGGGCCCGCGACGCGGCGCACAUGCCGGUGCCCGCCUCCCGCGUCGGCGAGAAGACAGGGAGCUCGGACACGGGGAGGCUGACCCGGAGCCUACCCAUGAGGCAGCGCGCCGGCUGCACGAGAGCCCCCCCUUUCCACGGCUCGGCUGCCAGCUCCGCAAUGGGAGCCGCCGCCGUCGCCGCAGUGUAGUUUUUCGUGCUCCUCCUUUUCCUCCUCCUCUUUCUCCUCCUCCUCAGGGCUCCAGUCAGGCCGAUCCGCUCCGCUCACGGAAGGAAAACAGAAAUAACUUGCUGGCUUGUCUGGAGUCACAUGGUAAUUCAAAAAUGGCAGAACUGUUUAUGGAAUGUGAAGAAGAGGAGCUGGAACCAUGGCAGAAGAAAGUAAAAGAAGUUGAGGAUGACGAUGAUGAUGAGCCAAUCUUUGUUGGCGAGAUAUCAAGUUCAAAACCAGCAAUUUCAAAUAUUUUGAACAGAGUUAACCCCAGCUCAUAUUCAAGGGGACUAAAGAAUGGUGCACUCAGUCGAGGUAUUACUGCUGCAUUCAAGCCUACAAGUCAACACUACACGAAUCCAACAUCAAAUCCAGUGCCUGCCUCACCAAUAAAUUUUCAUCCUGAGUCUAGAUCUUCAGAUAGUUCUGUUAUUGUUCAGCCUUUUUCUAAACCUGGUUAUAUAACAAACUCAUCACGAGUUGUGUCUAAUAAGUCAUCAGAGUUACUAUUUGACUUGACCCAGGAUACAGGAUUAUCACAUUACCAAGGGGGACCAACACUUUCUAUGGCAGGUAUGAGUGAAAGUUCAUUUUUAUCAAAACGUCCUUCUACUUCUGAAGUAAAUAAUGUUAAUCCAAAGAAGCCUAAACCCAGCGAAAGUGUUUCUGGAGCAAAUUCCUCAGCUGUAUUACCUUCAGUUAAAUCUCCUUCAGUGACUUCUUCCCAGGCUAUGCUAGCAAAAGGUACAAAUACCUCAUCAAAUCAAUCUAAAAAUGGAACACCUUUUCCAAGAGCUUGUCCAAAGUGCAACAUUCAUUUCAAUCUUUUGGAUCCUUUGAAAAAUCACAUGAAGUAUUGUUGUCCAGACAUGAUAAAUAACUUUUUGGGACUGGCUAAAACAGAAUUUUCAAGUACAGUAAAUAAAAACACAACUAUUGAUUCAGAGAAAGGAAAAUUGAUCAUGUUAGUUAAUGACUUUUAUUAUGGAAAACAUGAAGGAGAUGUCCAGGAGGAACAGAAGACUCACACAACCUUUAAAUGCUUCAGUUGCUUGAAAAUUCUAAAAAAUAACAUUAGGUUUAUGAACCACAUGAAACACCAUUUGGAACUUGAGAAGCAGAGCAGUGAGAGCUGGGAAAACCAUACCACCUGCCAGCACUGCUACCGUCAGUUUCCCACACCAUUUCAGUUGCAGUGUCACAUCGAAAGUACACAUACGCCCCAUGAAUUUUCUACUAUUUGUAAAAUCUGUGAAUUGUCAUUUGAAACAGAACAUGUUCUUUUACAACAUAUGAAGGACAAUCAUAAACCUGGUGAAAUGCCAUAUGUCUGCCAGGUUUGUAAUUAUAGAUCAUCAUCAUUUUCUGAUGUAGAAACUCAUUUUAGAACAUCCCAUGAAAACACUAAGAACUUGCUAUGCCCGUUUUGCCUCAAAGUUAUUAAAAUUGCAACACCAUAUAUGCAUCAUUAUAUGAAGCAUCAGAAAAAAGGAAUACAUCGUUGUACAAAAUGCAGGCUGCAGUUUUUGACAUGCAAGGAGAAAAUGGAUCAUAAGACUCAACACCAUCGAACAUUUAUAAAACCUAAACAACUAGAAGGAUUGCCUCCUGGAACAAAAGUUACUAUUCGAGCUUCAGUUGGACCUCUGCAAUCAGGAGCUUCACCUACACCUUCCAUUAGUGCAAGUGCUUCUACCCUUCAGCUCUCACCUCCAAGGACUAAAAAUAUAACUGCUAAAAAUCCUGCAAAAUCUAAUACAAGUAAACCUAAUACAAUCAAAUCCAACGCAAGUAAACCUAAUACAAGUAAGCCUAAUGGAAGUAAAUCUAAAUACAAACCAAAAAUCUCUAAUAUGCAAAAGAAACAAAGCACAUUGGCUAGUAGCAAUAAAAAAAGUAAAGUCAAUACAGCAUUGAGGAAUUUAAGGUAUCGUCGGGGCAUUCACAAAUGCAUUGAGUGUUGUUCCGAAAUAAAAGAUUUUGCAAACCACUUUCCUACGUAUGUCCACUGUAGUUUUUGCAGAUACAACACUAGCUGUAGCAAAGCCUAUGUAAAUCAUAUGAUGAGCUUUCAUAGUAACCGUCCAAGCAAAAGGUUUUGUAUUUUUAAGAAGCAUUCAGAAAAUCUCAGGGGCAUUACUCUAGUGUGCCUUAAUUGUGAUUUCCUAAGUGAUGUUUCUGGCUUAGAUAAUAUGGCUACACACUUAAGUCAACAUAAAACUCAUACUUGCCAAGUUGUAAUGCAGAAAGGGUCUUGCUGUUUUGCUCAAGCCAGAGGGCUGGAUUGCAGUGUGCAGUCAUGGCUCACUGCAGCCUCAAAGUCCUGGGCUCAAGCAAUUCUCCUGCCUCAGCCUCCUGAGACUGAGCUGGGACUCAGAUUAAAAAAAGAAGCUCCCACAAAGGAACAAGAACCUGUGUCUAAGGAAAUUGCAAGACCUAACAUGGCUGAAAGAGAAACAGAAACAUCAAAUUCUGAAAGUAAACAAGAUAAAGCUGCUUCUUCAAAAGAAAAAAAUGGAUGUAAUGCAAAUUCAUUUGAAGGCUCAUCAACAACAAAAAGUGAAGAAAGCAUAACAGUUUCAGAUAAGGAAAAUGAAACCUGUCUUGCAGACCAGGAAACUGGCUCAAAAAACAUCGUCAUAUGUGAUUCAAAUAUUGGUGCAGAUAAAGUGGAAAAGAAAAAACAAAUACAACACGUUUGUCCGGAAAUGGAGUUGAAGACGUGCCAAAGUUCAGAAAACAUAAUCUUAUCUGAUCAGAUUAAAGAUCACAACUCCAGUGAAGCCAGAUUUUCUUCAAAGAAUAUUAAGGAUUUGCGAUUAGCAUCAGAUAAUGUAAGCAUUGAUCAGUUUUUGAGAAAAAGACAUGAACCUGAAUCUGUUAGUUCUGAUGUUAGCGAGCAAGGCAGUAUUCAUUUGGAACCUCUGACUCCAUCCGAGGUACUUGAGUAUGAAGCCACAGAGAUUCUUCAGAAAGGUAGUGGUGAUCCUUCAGCCAAGACUGAUGAAGUAGUGUCUGAUCAAACAGAUGACAUUCCUGGAGGAAAUAACCCUAGCACAACAGAGGCAACAGUAGACCUGGAAGAUGAAAAAGAAAGAAGUUGAAAUUAGUCAUUUUAAGUUUCAGUGUACCAACGAUAAGGGCAUUUGGAACAGUGCUGUCAGGUGAGCUCAGUGGUGCUGUUGUAGGUUCAGAAAUGGAAAUAUGUAAGGGAGGUCACACAUACACUUUACCUGUAUGUUCAACCUAUGUUAUCAAACAAAUCAAUUCACCAAUAAUAGCAUGAUUAGUAGGGAGUCCCAAAAAGUUUUUAAAAACACAAACAGGAUUUUAAUGAUAAUUAAAUUUGCAGUGUAAAGGUCUCAUUUAAUGGUUUUCAAGGAAAUGGGGUUUGGUUGCUGACAUGAAUUGAUGAUAUUAGUAAUAUUUAUAAAGCCUUUCAAACUUCCAUCAAUCCUAAGCUAAAAAUCUUUAUUACCUGUAUAUCCUUUUCAGUUAACUGAGAGGAAGGGAUUUGGAAACCACGUACUUUUGGGGAGUAAUUGAUUUAAAACAAUGGCUGAUUGGCAUUGUUAACGAAGGCUUUAUUUGUGAGGAUGAUGCUGGUAAAUGGAGCAUGCUUAGAGUACUAAAUUGAUCUAAUGAGAAUUUGGAUGAACAUAAACUUAAUUUUGGAUUUAAUAUAACAUUCCAGUCAGACGCAUGUAAACAGAAUAUUUGAAUCUUUGUACCUCCAUACAAGUGUUAGCCUGCCAGGCUGUAAGCUUACCUUAAUUAAACUUUCAGUGAAAGUGGAAUUAUUAAGAUAUAAAUUUAUAUUUGUGCUUUUUGUCAGUGUGUAAGCUGUGUAGAAAUUCUUUGAUGUAUUAGUUGUAUUAAUGUAAAGUAGAAACCCAUUGUUGAAACUCCUGUAGCUAUUAUGCUUUUAAUAUUGUUUUAAUGAUCUUCCUUAGAAAUAGGCCCAUAAAAAUGGUCUGGAAGCCAAACCAAAGUAUGGUAUAAUGUAGAUAUUGUAAAGCAGUAAACUGAAAACAUGUCCUGGCAUGUAUUCAGCCAUGUUUAAGUGACUUUUCUGUAAUUGUAAAAUAAAAACUUCAAAUGGGACCUAAAACAGUGAUGUAAAAGAACUGGUUUUGGAAAUUUAGCCUAAUUUAUCUAUAAGAUGGCUGCUAAAUUGAUUUUUCAGUUUUUUUUAUCAUCUAGAAUAUAAUAGAUAUAGAAAUGAAUAAUAUGAAGAACAGUAGUUUGCUUUGAAAUACUAAUAAACUUUUAUUUAAAAUGCUUCAUUUUUACUUCUUAAAAUGUGCUUUGGAUUCUUAAAUUUUGUUUCACUGAAUGUUCAAUGUUUUAAAUGGCGAUUAAAACUCUGCUGUAUAUAGUAGUUUUUGAGUAAAUAUUUGCAAUAAAAAUCUGCCCCGGAAUAAU